CCGGGCGCCGCCGCCAUGGCGCUGGUCACGCUGCAGCGCUCGCCGACCCCCAGCGCCGCCUCCUCGGCCAGCACCAGCGAGCUGGAGGUUGGCAGCGAUGAGGAGCGUAAACUAAACGUGAGCCUAAGUGAAAGCUUUUUCAUGGUGAAAGGCGCAGCCCUGUUCUUGCAGCAAGGAAACAGCUCCCAGGGCCAGCGAAGCCUCCAGCAUCCUCACAAACAUGCAGGUGAUUUGCCCCAGCACCUCCAGGUGAUGAUCAACCUCCUUCGCUGCGAGGACAGGAUCAAACUGGCUGUGCGUCUGGAGAGCGUGUGGACAGACCGCGUCCGCUACAUGGUGGUUGUGUACAGCAGCGGGCGGCAGGACACCGAGGAGAACAUUCUGCUGGGGGUGGAUUUCUCCAGCAAGGAGAGCAAAAGCUGCACUAUAGGGAUGGUUCUUCGUCUGUGGAGUGACACUAAAAUCCAUCUCGAUGGUGAUGGUGGCUUCAGCGUGAGCACAGCGGGGAGGAUGCACAUCUUCAAGCCAGUGUCGGUGCAGGCCAUGUGGUCUGCUUUACAGAUCCUCCACAAAGCCUGUGAAGUUGCAAGAAGGUACAACUACUUCCCAGGUGGGAUGGCCUUGGUCUGGGCCACCUACUACGAAAGCUGCAUCAGCUCUGACCAGAGCUGCAUCAAUGAGUGGAAUGCAAUGCAGGACCUGGAGUCCACCCGCCCCGACUCUCCAGCCUUGUUUGUUGACAAGCCAACUGAAAGAGAACGAACAGAACGGCUCAUCAAAGCCCAACUCCGGAGCAUCAUGAUGAGCAAAGACCUGGAAAACGUGACUUCUAAGGAGAUACGAAAUGAGCUGGAGAAACACAUGAAUUGCAACUUGAAGGAAUUCAAGGAAUUUAUAGACAACGAGAUGCUGCUGAUCCUGGGCCAGAUGGACAAACCCUCUCUGAUCUUUGAUCACUUGUACCUGGGGUCCGAGUGGAAUGCCUCCAACCUCGAGGAGCUGCAGGGCUCAGGCAUUGACUACAUCCUCAACGUCACGAGGGAGAUCGAUAACUUCUUCCCCGGCCUGUUUGCGUAUCACAACAUCCGCGUGUACGACGAGGAGACCACGGACCUCCUGGCCCACUGGAACGAGGCCUAUCACUUCAUCAACAAGGCCAAGAAGAACCGCUCCAAGUGCCUGGUGCACUGCAAGAUGGGCGUGAGCCGCUCGGCCUCCACCGUCAUCGCCUACGCCAUGAAGGAGUUCGGCUGGUCCCUGGAGAAAGCCUACGGCUACGUCAAGCAGAAGCGCAGCAUCGCCCGGCCCAACGCCGGCUUCAUGAGGCAGCUGCUGGAGUACCAAGGCAUCUUGGAUGCCAGCAAGCAACGCCACAACAAGCUGUGGAAGCAGCAGGCAGAGAGCAACCUGCCCCAGAGCACAGACACGGGCUCGAGCGACUUCCUCCUGGAGAGCUUGGACAUGGACCUGGAGAACCGGCUGUCGGAGCUGGAGGCGCCGGCGCCGUUCCUGGACAACCGCGCCGGCACCGCGCUGCCCGCGGGCUUCAGCUACUGCUUCCAGCGCCUCUCGGACACGCUGCUGGAGAACAAGCUUCCCAGGGACAGGGAGAGCUGCUUCCCCGGGGACCAGCCGCAGCGGGAGGCGCCGGCGGGGCUGCCCGACACGGCCAAGGGCCCCCAGCUCGGCGGCUUCGGGGAGAAGGAGGUGAAGAAGAAAGUGGAGUUGAGCCCCCGGAAGGGCAGGAUGGUGCUGGGCCCCGGGGAGCACGGGGAGGACGGUGUGAGGGAGGAGAAUGCGGUGGAGAAGUGGAGGCGGCGGUUGUCCACGCACAAGGAGGAGAGCAGGCUUAAUAGGGAGAACUUGAAUAACAACAACAGCAAGCGGAGUUGCCCGGAGGAUUUUGAGCACGACGCCGUCUUUGGGAUCCUCAGUAAGGUGAAGCCUUCAUACCAGUCCUGUGCUGACUGCGUGUACUCCUCGGCCGGCUUGUCCCCCGACUCCUUCGGGGAGCAGUGUGAGAAGCUCAACGCCGGCGCCGCGCGGCACAACUCCACCGUGUGCACGCAGCCAGCCCUGCUGCCCCAGCUGCCCCCCGGCCUGGCCGAGCCCCUGCCCGCCAAGGCACAGCUGGGGGACGCCGCCCGAGCCGGGGCGCUGGAGGCCGAGACGUGCCGGGCUCUGGAUCAGCACCGCGGCGGCCCCGAGGAAGGAAAAGACGCACCGAGAACCCCACCCAGAGCCGCGCCGGCCCGGAGAGAGCCGCGCUGCCACAGCAGCCUCCUUAACGCUGACGUGGUGAAGGAAGAGUGUCUGGGCAGGAGGGACGCCAGACCCACCAAGGACAUGAAGUACUUGUUGUUCAGCAAGGACUUGGAGAAGCCGAGCGCCAGCAGCUACCUGAUGCAGCACCAGGAGUCUCUCAUCCAGCUGCAGAAGGCGGGUUUGGUCAGGAAGCACACCAAGGAGCUGGAGAGGCUGAAGAGCCUCCCCUCGGACGCCUGCUCGCUGCUCAGAGACAGCCCCCUGAGCAGGGUGGGCGCUGACAUCGCGGAGGAGAGCGAGGAGCUGCUGUCCCAGCACGGCCUGGUGCCUCUGCUGGGGCCGGCGCCGCUCAGCGCCCCGCAGGCAGACGCCAAACGGGCGCCCGAGGGGGUCGCCCACAAAACCUCCACCCCCGUCCCGUGCCGGCCGGAGCACACCAGCAGCUUCACCAAGGACUUCCUGAAGACCAUCUGCUACACGCCCUCGUCGUCCCGCAGCUCCAACCUGACGCGCAGCUCCAGCAGCGACAGCAUCCACAGCGUGCGGGGCAAGCCGGGGCUGGUGAAGCAGCGCACGCAGGAGAUCGAGACGCGCCUGCGCCUGGCCGGCCUCACCGUGUCCUCCCCGCUCAAACGCUCCAACUCCCUGGCCAAGCUGGGCUGCCUCAACCUGUCCUGCGAGGACCUGGCGAGCGACGCGGACGUGGCGGCCGUGGCGGACUCCAGGGAGCGCGAGCCGCGGGCAGCGGGGCGGGCGGGGGGCGGCUCCAAGGACACGCUUUGGGUGGGCGAAAGUUGA